UAUUCCAACUGUCCUAAAUAUUACGUAUACAUAAAUGAAAUAUUUCAGACAACAGUAUAUUCACGUGAAGCGCGAAUCAGGCUGACAUCAGGGUUAUUUUGAGCUGCACGAGCAGGCGGUAAUAAAAUAAGGGAGCCAAUGGUGGGGGAAGGGGUGGCUUAAUCCUUGCCAAUGUUGCUCGGUGCAGUCUUCGUUUCAUUCCACUGUAUCUGAAUAUAUGCCUUUUUAUACUGGCCUCAAGGUUUGUUGUUUUUGUUUCGAGUAAAUAUUAUAAUCUCAUCCAAGUCGAUUUAACGAGCCUGGUGCUGAAGGACAGCUCCGUGUCUUCCACCCGGCCUCUGCGGAGGAAUGAAUGAAUGAAUGAGCGAGCGGCGCUACGCAGCCUGCGACAAGUCGAUCUCCAGCCCCUCGGAGCAGUCGGGCGGCGUGGUUCAGUCUUUUUAACCGAACAAAGUUAUGCAGUUUAACAUGCUCAGAUUAAGACUCCUCAACUCCAUUGCCCCUGCUUAUUUCUUCACUGCCACUGUGGUUACCAUCAUCCUGCAUUUCUGCUUCUUCAUUCCUACCAUUUUCGACAGGAGCCCUGCCACCUUGCUCCACAUCAUCCUUUUCCUCUUCUUGGUGGUCAAUGCCCUUGGGAACUACACAAUGACCAUCUGCUACCCAGCUGAGAGUGCACAGGGUGUGGUGACACCUGUGUGUGCACCAGAUUGCCCCGACAGAGUAGACGCUCACUACCUCUUCAACGGACGACACUUCUGCAAACUUUGUAAGAAAGUUAUCCUAAGGCGGGAUCACCACUGCUUCUUCACAGGGAAUUGUAUUGGAAAUCGAAACAUGCGCUACUUCAUCAUGUUCUGCAUCUACACCUCUGGGACGUGCCUGUAUUCACUGGUGCUUGGGGUGGCCUACCUGACUGUGGAGUACUCCCUGUCCUUUGAGAACCCUCUCACCUUCCUCACACUUCUUCCACUCUCCAUUGGCUACUUCUUUUUAGGAGCCAUCCCAGGCCUGCAGUUCUUCCUGGUCCUCAUGCUCUAUGUAUGGCUGGGGAUAGGACUGACCUGUGCUGGGUUUUGUUGUCAGCAGAUCCUGUUGGUGGCGCGGGGUCAGACAUGGUGCCAGAUGAGAAAAGGCCAAGUGGUCCAAACCCGGAACAGCUGGAGGAGUAAUCUGAGUGAUGUAUUUGGGAGGCGCUGGUUGCUUGGCUUUGUUGUUCCUUUGCAAACAGCCGAGUUGACACAGGAUGAAACUGCUGACAAAAGAGACUAACUGGAAAACAAACUGGUUCUGUCUUAAAGCAGUCAGUACCAGAGCAUUGAUUGCCAAUACUUUUCCCCAACAAGAAUUAAAAAAAAAUAUAUUACUGUAAAUAAGACGACCGUAGUGAACAUAAGACGUAUGACACUGUGAGGGAAUCCAGUUCUGACUGGGUGUCCUGAGGGAUACUGGUGGAAAUACUGGUCCCAUAUGCCCAUUUACAUGAAACACUUUUACAGGUAAGGGGUAACUUGGAAGAAAUUUGCAGUGCCACAUUGCCAAAAUAUGGGAAAUUGAGGGAGAGCGUAAAUGAUCAUUUAAGGUAUCCGUUUCUCCAAAUAGCAUACAAAUAUAAAAAUGUGGUGGAGAAGCAAACUAAACAUAAAAAAAAAAAAACUGCACAAGCACAUCUUACAAUGUCCUGUCCUCCAUUAGCCAGGAGCUGACCCGCAUCUUACUGGAUGAAUGUGUAUCAGCUCAUAGGCUACAGUACUGGUUUAUACUCACAAACCCAGUUAUUUAGACCAAGCAAAUUUAGACUUUCCUUUUCAAGUUAACAGUAUGUCUUUGGGCUGUGAGAGGAGGAACAAGGGUAGAGCAACUUGCACAUUUUGACAGACAAAACAAACACACUCUGGAAAGAAAUCAUGUCAAAGGUGACCUCUCAAGCACAGGUUAUCUUCAGAACUUCUCGAAGUAGAAGGUGCUAUGGCACAGUGGCUAGCAAACAUUGAAGAUACUCCUUACUCGUGGAGUCACCUCUGACCUCAUAUUUCAUCACCUUUUUACCUAUUAUAGGCCCCCGGACAAAGCAGUGCACUGGGACCCCUACCUACACAACCACUCAGCGAGUCACAACAUACAUAGAUUAGCAUGGGGGCCAACUGCCCAGCGUGCCCAUGCGUUAAGACGGCCCUGUUUUUACCCCUUCGUCUUAUCAAGUGAGUUGGAUGAAGGUGUACUGCAGAGCAGUGCCACUUUACAGAACUUGGUCUAAAGUUUCACAACCACUUGAUGUAUCUUCGUUGUUGAAUUUGAACUCGGGUUUUCUGUGAAUUUGGGGUAUCUCCUAUAGUCCAAAGGCAUACCAUUAGAUUGAUCAUGAAAGUUAAAUUGUCCACGUGUAAGUGAGAAUGGGGGAGCACAGGAGUGUGCCUUCUGAUGGACUGGCAUCUUUGUCCAGUGUUGGAUCCUGCUGGGCUUGAACCUGUAAUGGAACAAAAGCAUGUUCAGUGAACAGAUGGAAAUGAAAACUGUGUGCAUUGUUAGAGAAAUACCACAUUUCUCUUGGUUUUCUCAGGGUCUUGCACGUAUUUCUAAAGAAUUUAAGUGAAACUACUGCUUCCUUGAAAAUUAAUUUCUGGGGAUAUUAUUCCUUGGACACUCGGCUGACAAAGGGCUAAACAUGUGUUAAUAUUACAAGACCGAAAAACUGAACAUUUUCCUUAGGCGAUUUAUAUCCUCACAUUUAUUUUAAUCCAUUCUGCUGUGCUACAGGGCCUGAAGGCCUAAGACAGCUUGUGUUCAAAAUGUUUCAAUGGACAAUAAAGAAAUGUAAAUCACUAGGCCGACGCAGGAUACAGCAAUAACGAAAAGAAACAGAAGUAAAAAAAGAAACACCCAGAAACAGGCUACAUAGGCGUUUGCUUUAACUUUAGGGCGAGAAUGUUUCUAUAUUAGUGCUGAGUACAGAUGGUGUGGAAGGCAGCCUAUUGACUCUCAUAUCAGAAGCCAUCAACAGCAAGAUUUUGUUUCAUUUGUAUUCCGAAUUUUUUUAAGUCAAAGUAGUAAAUGCUUGUUUGUUAAAACAUGCAUAGCACACAUUUAUGAAACAAGUUGUAUUAACUGUUUUUUGCAGAAUUGUGCAUUUGACUGACAAUUCAACAGGACCAUCACCUGAAUAAACUGAAAAAAUAAACUGAAAAAACAAAACUACAUUCUAAAUGUUUCUAAUGGAUUGUAUUUUUGUAGGUGUUGUCAUUUGCUUUAGCUCUUGAUACUGGAAUAAACUUGUAAAAUGUUGCAAUUGGAA